AGAGGCGGCGGUAACGUGCCCGGCUGAAGCCGAAACCAGCAGCCUGCAGCAGCAGCUCACACACACACACAGACACACUCGUCUCCUGGGCCAUUAACCUGUCGCAUGUGGGAUACGUGAAGACAUAAAAGCUGGAUAUCGGCUCCUGUGGGAACCCGAAGAGCAGUUACGAUACAGUUGUUUAUUUUUUUUUUGGAGACCUUUUGUGUUGCCAGGGAAGAGAAAGUCCGAGCAGCCAUGACAGUUCAUCCCAUAUCUCCCAGAUCCUCCCACAGCCACCUCUGACAACACCCGAUUUAGUAAACCAAAGAUGUCAGCGUGCAGCGACUUUGCAGAACACGUGUGGAAACCCGGCUCUUGUAAGAACUGCUUCCACCCGCUUAGUGCACACAAGACUGUCGGCGGACUGGAUGGCAGCGUGCCAGCCGCUUGUUUGAAGAGCAGCCCGGGAGGCGAUGAAGAAGCUGGAGUAACAGCACCUUCACCCUACAGCAAGCCAACCAUCGCUGUCAAACCCACUAUGAUGAGCCUUGACACCAACGAGUCGACUGAUGUCAACAUGAACAUAGAGCAGGAGAACACAAAGAGCCCGGUUGAGCGUUUGGGCGUGAAGAAGCUGUUGGACCUGUCAUCUCUUUAUAUUGAUAGUAAUGGCUGUCACAAGAUCAUUGGCAGUAUCUUUGUCACCCAGGAGGAGGGUAGAGGUUCUCAGAGUUUAAAGAAGAACGCCAAUGGAGACACCCGAAGGCAGCAGAUUAGUACGGCCGCUAUUACAACCAAGAGCACUUAUAACGGAAGCGGUUUGACUACCAAGACAAAUUAUCAGGAAGCCCAUCAGGCAUCUGUGGAGAUACCUUCAUCAGUGGAUAUUGUGUCUUCCAGUCCAGUUCAUAGCAAUGGUACAAGCAGUGUUAGUACUGCUACUGUUACCACUAAGACCUCCAGCACUUCUACCACUUUCCCCACCACAACUUUAAGUGUGGACACCACUAGACACAGUCCCCCACCAGCCCUCCGCUCUGUUCCCGUCCUGUCAAAACAGACCAGCACAUCAGACUCCUCUUGUUCUUAUCGUAGCAGUACAGACUCACUUCCUGGGGCAGAUGGAUUGGGAGGAAGACAAGUCAGGUCAGGCAGCCCCCAAAGUUCACCAGCCAUGGGUAGCCCUCAGUCAGCUCCCCACUCUCCCAAUGGACAGCCAAGCUCAGAACCCAUUUAUGCAGAGAGCACCAAGAAAAAGCGCAAGCCACAAGGAAAUGAAGUGCAGUCCCAUCCUGAGUCCCCAAACCAGAGUAAGAACUCGUCCUGCUCUGAGCCUGAGCUUUCAGGAGACAGUCAACGGGCCACCAUCACUGUAAUGGCCGCUCACACAGAGGAGAACAACAGGACUUUCUACCUGAGCAGCCCAGAUUCAGCUGUCAGCACCCAGUGCCAUUUCAGCCCCACGGCACGUAAAGACCCCAGCAGCCCAGCCUUCCGCUGGCCCAGCCCCAGCCACAGCGCACCCUCUCUGACCACAGAAGCCAGCCUCAACCCUACUCUCCACCCCAAGCCUCAGUCUAGCCCACCCAUUCCCCCAAAGAGGAACACACGCUCCCCCAAACUGGGCACCUCUAGCCUCUCACCAUCCAUGUCUUCUCCAGUCCCUCUUCCCGAACUCCCCAGACUGGGCACCUCAAGCCUCUCACCAUCCAUCUCAUCUCCCGUCCCUUUCCCUGAACUCCCCAUGCUUUUCCUCGUCUCUGCUAGAGAGGGCCACUUCAAGGUCCAUACAGAGCCCCACAGUGCAGCAUCCGAACGCUGGCACAAGCCCCACCACCACAGUUCUGGCUGGAACUGCUGCAUUGAGGAAGAAGAGGAGGACGAGGACAGAGAGCGGAAAGAGGGGGAGAAGAAGAAGCUGUCCACCAACCCGGGGACAACCUCUCGGGUGACAGGCCUGGUCAAUGGUGCCGCUGUCUGGAAGGAGGCCAGGGACUGGAAGGCCCACAGCAGCCCCCCUCCGAUGACAGAGCCAGGCACGGCCCCCCCGGCUGCCCCCAACAAUGGUGCCUGUCAGGGGGAGACUGAGGGCACCGGUGCAGAGGAGGAGGGCAAGCAUAACGGGAGCAUGCCGGCCAAGCAAACGUUGCAUGGCGGCUCAUCAGAGCUGCUGGCAGCAGGGAAGGGAACUGCCAACAAUGAGCCCAAUCCACCACCUCCCCCACCUAAGAAACUGCACAGAGUGUCGAGUAAGGUGAGUGGCAGCAACAUGGAGCUGGACCGCUGCAGCCAACAAGGGUCAGCAGAGAGUACCACUUCGUCUCCAUGGGGCCUGAGCAGUUCCAGCCUCCCCACAGCCUCCACUGACAACCUGACUGCUGACACCGAUUCUCGGGAUGCUACACGGAUGUCUUGUUCCUCUCCAUUUCCCAGAAGUCCAGUGGUCUCAGCUCCAGGAUCUCCUCACCCACCCUCCUUCAACAGCCUAAGUAACCAGCCGCCGCCACUCCCUGAGAAAAAAAUGGUCAACCGCACCGUGUCGGCUCCCGAUAGCACCAAUGGGAAACCCUUUGUCCGAGCCUACCCACGCCUCCCGUUCACUGGCUCAGAGAGCAAUGUCUGUCGACCUGCUGACAUCACCUCCCGGUCCAGUUUACCGUCCAGCCCCGUUGACCCACGGCCCAUUUUCUCCUCCAGUGAUUCCCUGGAGCGUUGUCAUGCCCCGCUAGGCCGACCCUCGAGGUCCCGGACAUUGGAUGAGCCGCUGAAGACUCACGGGCGUCUGGGUGUGCACUGUCGAGGCAGCAUCACCUGCUCCUCUUCUCCUCAGCUCAGUGCGCCCUUCUCCGCCUCAGAACCAGGCCCGGCACCUAAUUUGGGCUCUAGCCUGCAGCUCCAAACCCUCCUGAGUAACAUUGACAGUAGAGAGGGUGUGUACUCCAAACUGGGAGGCCUCUAUGCAGAGUCCCUACGACGCUUGGCUCUAAAAUGUGAGGAUCACUUCACCCGCUCCCAGAAGAAUCCACUGAGGUUUGAGGAGAGCAACUGGUCUCUGUUCAGGCUCACAUCUAACAAGCCCAGCUGCAACGCAGGAGAUGCUGUGUACUACUCUGCUGCCUGUGCCUCCGACCCCAGCAACUCCUACGCUGUCAAGAUCUGUAAGAGUCCAUCCAUGGAGUCCAAACAGGGCCAUCUCUACGGUCUGUCAGUGCAGCAGAGCAUGCCUCCCCACUUCAACCUCCAGCAGGACUGUGGACACUUUCUCGCCUGUGUCCCCCAGAGCAUGUUGCCUUCUGAUGAAGUCUCUCUGCGCACCGCACCUGCUACAUCGCCGUCUCAGCCCUCCAAGUCUGCACCGGGCCAACAGGUAGACCGAGAGCGAGUGGUGGUCAUCACCCCUGAGAUCCCCCAGCAGACAGCAGCUGACUUUGUUCGAGAGUGGGAGGCGUUCCAUAAAACUCAGCCAGAGGUAUACGAGCGCCGCGUUUGCUUCCUCCUCCUGCAGCUGUGCAACGGCCUGGAGCACUUGAAGGAGCAUGGAGUCACGCACCGCGACCUCUGCCUAGAAAACUUGUUGUUGGUGCCUCAUCACCGCAGGUCCUCCCAGUUCCCCCAACAGACCAACAGUGAGAACUGCACCAGUAAUGGUUCAAGCGGUGCAGACAAUCAGCGCCACCUUCCCCGGCUCCUCAUCAGCAACUUUGCCAAGUCCAAACGUCGCUCCUCCGAGGAUGCGGCCUCGACCAACGUGGACCCUCGCACCAAACGUGACCACGCAAGGCUGGCACCUGAAAUUGUCUCAGCAGCCCAGUACCGCAAAUUUGACGAGUUCCAGACGGGCAUCUUGAUCUAUGAGCUCCUCCACCAAUCCAACCCAUUUGAGGUGAGUCCAGCACUUAAGGAACAAGACUACCGGUGUGAGGAACUGCCCCCCAUCCCCUCUGUCUCCCUUUACUCAGCCGGCCUCCAGAGGCUGGCGCAGCUCCUGCUCCAACCCGACCCCAUCAAACGAAUCCAUAUCCAGGAGGCCAAACGCAUAUUGCAGAGCCUGCUCUGGGGCCCCAGGAAGGACCUGAUGGAGCAGCAGUUGGAGAGACACGGACACGGAGGAAGCUUCAUUGACGGAUCCCGACACGAGGGUCUCCUCAACUGGCUGGAUGUGAAACGAGCCCUGCUGAUGAUGAAGUUCGCUGAGCGUUCACUGGAGCCAGAGAGGAACGCGGAGCUGGAGGACUGGUUGUGCUGUCAGUACUUUUCCUCGGCUCACCCUUUGUCUCUCUGCCAUACUGCUGAACUGCUGUACUCACUAAAGUAAUGGCUCACUUUAGGGUUAAAAGUGUGUGUAAGUGGAGCCAAAGCAAUGUGUGAAUUUGUGAAUGUGUGUAUGAGGAAAGACCAAUAAGUUUAAAGUUAAUGUCCAGACACUAUGGAUGGGUCCAGACAGUGUGAUCCUUUGGAGAUACUGUGAAACCUGCCCACCUGUUUGCGCUACUGCUACAUGCAUGAGAGCCAUGCAUCAACCUAGCCGUCCACUCUGAACCUUUUACACCAACAGUAUCCCGCCACAGACUGUUGUCAGCCUAACGAAGAAAUGACUUGAAAACUUGGGCAUACAGUGACAGACAUAUUGACAAAAUCACUAAAACAUUCACAGCCUUGUGCUGAUAAAUCCAUCAGUUAAAAAAAAAAAAAAAAAGACGGAUAUAGACAGUAUUCAUAAUUCUAUAAUACACUUACCAAAGUUUCAUGUUUGACACUGUAUUUUGUGUAUUUAUUAAAUAUCAAUUGAGACAUUUUACCACUGAGAACAGGAUAAUAAUAAUGUCAGCCAGCUUUGCGAAGUAAUGCUGUGUCUAGUUUGAAUGUGCAGCUAACUUUUAUUUUGCCUGAUAUUUUAAUAAAACUAUGAGGUCAGUAGCAAACGUACAGUUUUGCACCUUCUCCGUCAUAUGUUUAUUCAUGGGCACACAGUGCUGUACUGUGUUAACAACACAAACUUGUCUUUAACCACAUCCAUAGAAGGAUGCCCAUUCCUCUUUGGAUACUGGUUUUACUAGUUGGACUGAUGGACGCAGCCUCCCCUAAAUGUGUGUUAUCACAGGCCUUGUUAGGCAGCACUGCAUAAUGAAUAGACUCGGUAUAAAUUAAUGAUAAUCCAUACUGUCUAACACAACUCAACAUAAAUCGGAUUGACAAAACAAUUUUCAACGUUAGCGAUUUCUUCCACUGAAUGGACGAUGCCCAGUUCUUCCCUAUACUUACUUUUUAGUAUAUAUUUAAAUGUUUUAACAUUUGUCACAGUGCCUUUUGUUCUUUGUAUAUGUUACAGUGACUCGGAAGCCAAAUGUAAAUAUUUCUGAUCAUUUGUCCUUUGUGAAACUGGCCUUUCACAGAAUGUUCUAGAAACGACUUUGUACAGUUAUUUGUAGAUGAUAUUAGAAAAAAAUGAGCCCAAGCAGGUCUUAAAAAGCCAUGAAUAUGAGCAGCAGUUAAAAAAUAUUUAUGAUAUAAUUUGUUAUCCUGUAGUAGUCACUGGAAUUUCUGUGUUUAUUUUAAUAUGUGGAUUAUCAAAUUAUGUUGGGUUUUUUUGGCACAGCAGCAGCUGGGCCUGUCUUGUUUUUUUUCUCCUAUGUUCUGCGUAGGCUGCAGAGGAUGCUUCAAGUUAUGAACUUUUUAUCUCCAACAAAGAAUUUUUCCUAAUAAAGUCCAGAGAAGAGAAUUAAACCACCUGCAUGCAGGUUUUUGUCCAUGACAGAUGUUUCUAAUGUUGAAGAGGAAAAAACAUGGUCUGAUCUCACCGCUAAUACAUUAUUGAUUUGAAUUAUUUUGUGUGUGCCUCACUUAUUUGCAUCUAUCAAUAAACUGUGCAUAUAUUUUCUCACAGUA